AUGUUGACUAUCUCAAUUACUAUCUUGUUUUUAAUUACGACUACACAAGCUUACUUCACUGCGGACUUCCGCGAAUUCCUGCUACAAACAUACGGUGUAACAAUUGAAGGGCAAUUAGAGCGCCUGGAUCUAUAUGCAAUUGGCAGUUUUGGUGGAAAGCUUGGGCCUAAUGAUGUCAUCAAGAACAGAGUAGGUUAAUUUAAAAAUUGUUUUUAGGGAUAGGGUAGGGCAGGUCAAGGUAGGAUAGAGUACGGUUGGGUAGUUUAGGGGGAAAUAGGGUUUUGUAUGCCUGGGUAAGGUAGAGUCAGCUAGAAUACGGUAAAGGAGGGCAGGGCUAGAGCGAGGUAAAGCAAAAUGGUGUGAACUAAAGUGGAGUAGGGUAGAAUAAGAUAGGUUAUGGCAGAGUUAAAAAAGGUAAAGCAAAGUAAGCUAUAAAACUUCAAAUGUCCCGAACCUACACUUCUUUUUCCUACCUCUAAGAAAAUUAAAUGAAAAGAAAAAAAUUUUAAAAAAAUUGAGUGGGUUGUCAUAAUAAAAUUAGUAUAAAAUGUGGCUAGUAAAUAAAGAAGAUAAGCCGUAAUUUUGUAUUUGCAAAGAUGGUACUAUUAAAUCCUUAAUUGUAGGAUGAUUUCAUUACGACAAUAUCUGUCUUGCGUCUCUUGAAAAACCUUUUUGAUUUAACUUUGUCAACGGCAAUAUCAAAAUUCUUAAACAUUAUAUAUUUCAAACCUAAUCUAGCCUUACCAUAAGAGUUGCUCUGUCCUAUCCUUAACAUAAAUUUAGUCUAGACCUACUUUGGCUCUAAAAUAACCCUAGUCUAGCUCUAUACUAGCUCUUACGUAACUUUAGCUUAGCCUUACUUUAGCAAAGCUUUACCCUAGCUCUUUCUUUGCCAGACUUUAGCCCUACUUUAGCCUUGUCUUACCCUAGUCUUAGUUCAAACUUUUUCCUUAUCUUACCUUAGUCACAGACUAUUUGUACUUGAGACUAACCCUAGUUACUCCCGUUUUUUUACUGUAAUCUAAAGUCACAUACUCAUUUUUCAGCCUAUCGUUUUUGUUCAUGGUUCAACAUUAACAGCCAGUAUGUAUGAGCAGCAACGGCGUUAUUUCAUGCAAAGAGGCUACAAUCCAGGUGAACUCUAUGCUACAACUUUUGGUGAUGCAGCUACAAAGAAAAGUCUGGUUCAGAAAGUUAUGGACUGUGAGGAUGUUAAACAGGUAUGUUUAUCAUUAAAGUUUAGCAAGAGGUUUUUGAUAUAAAACUUUGAGUUUGUAAUCGUUAUAAACUCAGUACUUGGGCUUUUAUUUUAACGUAAGUAAAGAUAAAUGGUUAAAAUGUGCAUGUUUAUUAUAUCAAGCUUUGUAUAUUUACUAUCUAUUAGUAAAGAACUCUUCUAGAUCCGCCAAUUCAUCGGAGCCGUGAGCCUCUACACAAACUCAACAGUAGACAUAAUGGCCUACUCCAUGGGUACAGCCAUAUCAAGAAAAGCCAUACUGGGUGGUAGUUGUGUCGAUACAAAUGAGUAUCUAGGACCACCUCUUACAUAUCUUGUACAUACUUUCGUGGCAGCUGGUGGCGUAGCAUACGGGUUGGAUUGUCAAUACAGAACGUGGGAAGCUUGUAGCGAACUUAAUGGAAUGAGCUGCACUUCUAAGUUUAUGGUGAGCGAUCGGUCUUUCUGGUAAAAAAAAAUUUUUAAAUUUUACAAAAAUAUUCAAAUUUUAGGAAAAAAAAAUGUUUUUUUUUAUUUUUUUUAACCAAAACUUUACCCUUCUUUUGCUUACUUUACCCUUGCCCUAUCCUAAAUAAAGUAAACCUUUCUUAACACUUCUUAAAUUUCAGCAAGACGUCAACGCACCUGACUUCAGAUACGAAGGUAAAGUGUCUUAUGGAAUUUACAGUCGCUCAGACCCAGUCAUUGGAGACACAUGUUGUGGUCAUUUCUGUGCCGAACUCAAGAAUGCCAAUCAAAACAUUGAACGAUACGGGUUAGAACACCUUGGAAUUGUCACUCAAACCAUACCUUUACAAUAUGAUCUAUUUACUGAUAGUAAUUUUGUUUAGUUACGUUAUAUUAUGUGUAAAAUAGUGUAGAAUAUUAGGCUGUCUAUGAAUUUAUGUUUCUUAUAUAAAGGCUUAGACACAGAGCAGGGCAAUGACAAUCUUCGUACCCUGCCCAGUGUCUUGCCCUGUUCUCAUAUAUAUAUGUCUUUCCUGGUAUAAGGCACUCCACACUGUCUCUAACCUUGCUUAUAAUACAAAAGAUGAAUUUUGUAAUAAAAUCAUAUUAUUAUUUGCACAUGAAAGCAACUCUUAUCAGACUAGAAGACUUGCAAUAAGCGAUGUUUGUAUUCAAUUAAAAUAAACUUGAUUUCUAACUUAUAGCUUCAACUUUUGAUAACUUUUCCUAACUUUAUAGUUUAAAUUUUUAACUAUUACCUAUUUUCUAUAUAUUUUAAAAAUAAAAAAAUUAAAAUGCCUUACGUUGUUGACAUAACCUUCCAAAAAGAAUUUAAAAAUAAGAAUGUAAAUGUCCAUAAACCUUACUUAUAUUUGAGUACAGCUCCGUUUCCAAUUUUAUCAGCUCUGCUUGGGUUUCUGGCGUUCUUUGGAGGGUAAGCAAAUUUUUUAACUUUUUUGUUUACAUCCUUAUUGUCCUUAUAUUGUAUAAGCUUUUUAUGAAUUUAAAACGUCAAUUGUGAUUUUUUAAGACUUUUUUUUGUUUUUUAAUUUUUAAAAGUCAUCUUUAGGUAUUUGAUUGGUGUUCUAAACGACCACGAAGAAGCUUGGUUUUCAUUCAUUAGUGAUGGAGGAACGACUGUUCCGGAAAGUUGUAUCUUUGGUAUUUUACUAACUUAUUCAGCUUUUUUCUGUAGGUUUUUUGAAUUUUAUAGAAUAUUAGCAUAAGUAAAAUACGGUACUGGUUUUUAAAAUUCAACACAUUUUUAAAGCAUUUCAUUCCAGGGUGGUUAACCUGCUUUGCCCGCCAUUACCAACUCCUUCAAUACGUACAUUUUCAUCAUGGUCCAGAUGCUAAUUUUCGUAAAAUUAUCUGGCCAAUGUUGAUCACAGGCCUGUCUUCUGGACUAGGCACAGCAACAGUUGCCAAUUUUCAAGAGACAAGAGUACCAUUAGUUCAUAGUAUAGGAGCAUUGUUGUCAUUUUUGGCUGGAAUGACUUACAUUUGGUUUUAUGUGGUCGUAUCUUUUGCUAUGAAGCCACGAUAUGCACCUAGAGGAUUGACGAUAUUAAGGAUGGUUGUGGCUUUUGUUGUUACUGUCGCGCUGGUUUUACGUGGGUUUUAGAUACUAUAUACUAUAGUUAAGUUAGGUAGGGUUCCUAUCUCAAAGUAGAGAUUAAGAUAGGGUCUCUAAGAAGACAUACUAUAAUAACUGUUGAAAUUUAAGAUCAACUAUGCUUAAAAGUACGACCAUUUGUGAAAAACCUUGAAGACGGCUCAAAACCGCUAGUGGAAGAAACGACCGGUAUUAUUAGGUACAAGCCUGAUCAUUAUGUAAGUAAUCCUUCAUUUUUAAUUUCGAAAAGAUUUUAUUACCUAAAAUGGAGAUGAAAAAAUUAUGUUUUUUUACAAAGCCAGUACUACAAAUUUGAUAACACGUACUACAUAUAUUGUACUAACUCCAAAUUAACAAUUUUUUUUGUUUCAGGAAUACCUAAACCAUCUUGUAGCCUGUGUAGCUGAAUGGACAUUAGGAAUAGGGUUCUUCAUUAUCAUAUCUUCUUUAUCUUAUGAAUUGGGGACGUUUGAAAUCAAUACGAUGACAAAAGACGAACAACAACAUGUCAUUGAAGAGAGCCAAAAACCUGUUCUUAUAUCUUCAAAAAGCAUUAAAGUUUGA